AUGCGACUCAUCAACGCGCACACCCUUCGCUUGGAAAACUUCCACAAUGAAGCCACCAUUCCGCCUUACGCCAUUCUUUCGCACACAUGGGGCAACUCGGAGAUCACGUUCAAGGAACUGCGCGGGCUCAACAUGUCGCUCCGCAACGCGCGCAUCCGCAUCAAGGCUAAAGCUGGGUACUAUAAGAUUACGAAAGCGUGCGCACAGGCUUUGAUUGAUGGGCUGUCGUACUGUUGGGUCGAUACUUGCUGCAUCGACAAGACCAGCUCGGCUGAGCUGUCGGAAGCGAUAAAUAGCAUGUUUAGAUGGUAUAAGAAUGCGCAGGUGUGCUACGCGUAUCUGGAUGAUAUCGACUUUCGAUUCUGGACGAAGAGCAUUGAUUUACUGGGCGAGAGGGAUCUGGCCAAGGCAAAGUGGUUUACAAGAGGUUGGACGCUGCAAGAGCUUGUUGCUCCGAAGAAGGUGGUCUUCUACAUCAAGGGAUGGAACUUCGUGGGUAAUAAGGCGAGCAUGGUUGAGAAGCUUGCGAGGAUUACAGGCAUCGAUGAAGAAACGUUAGCAGGUGGGAGUCUCGAGGCUGUCAGCGUGGCCAGGAGGAUGAGUUGGGCGGCGAAAAGAGUGACCACGAGAGUUGAAGAUAUUGCGUAUUGCUUGCUGGGAAUCUUCGACGUCAAUAUGCCGCUGCUCUACGGGGAAGGGGAGAAAGCAUUCGUCAGGUUGCAAGAGGAGAUCAUGAAAGAUUCUCAAGAUCAGUCUCUGUUUGCAUGG